AUGGACGAAGGGGAAGUAAGUGAGAGUGACGACAUUUAUGGAUCAGAAGACCAGGCAGGUGAAGUGAACGGAAACGCGCAGACAGCAGAUGGGAUGGCCACUGCUGCGGACCGUGGUUCGUACUCUCCUCACCUCUCGCCGCGCGAGCUUGAGCAGACUGAACCUCCAAUCGACGAGCCAGUAUCGUCCCUCCCGGAUAACAAAGCCCCGACAAUCCCUGAGCUCCGAUCCCGCGUUCGUGCCGCGAUCCUCCAGCUUCAAGCCCUGAAUGUAGAACCCCAUCAUUAUCUCGACGAAGGCAUCGAACCCAAGAUGUUGGAAGAUCUCUUUCGUGAGCUACCAGCAUCGAAACCCAGCGUUCCCACGGAAAGCGCAGCCGAGUCACGAAAAGACAGGAUUGCCCGACUUCUUGCAGCUAAGGGCUCUACCAAAUCAGCAAAUGUUUCAUCAGACGAGACCUCGAAGACGGCGCCCGCCGCACCGUCACCAUCGACCGUGUCCGAAACCACGCCCGCUGUAACCACGACACCGUCUCCAGCUGCUCAAGCGCAGGCCGCGAAGUCAGAGCUGUUACGACAGAAGAUGGAGGCCUUGAAAAGGCGACGCGAAACGCAGGCCCGUGCGCCAGGUGCAGCAGCAACUGACGAAAAUGGGACAACAGCCGUGGCCCCGUCACCCAAGCUUCCGGCGCAUGCAGCGGCGACUAUAUCGGAAAGUCUUCCAUCAAGGAAUAAUCGCGCUGUUUCGACACUGAUGCAGCGUCCCCAAGCCGUUGUGCCUUCCGCAAAACGUCCCGUGGCUUCGGAUUUCGAUAAUGAACCUGACGCACCAGCCAAGCGGCUCUUUGGCCAACACCGACCAGCCCAACCAUUGCUGAUUAAUGUGAGCGAUGAUGACGAUGAGGAGGCUAUGGAUCUGGACUCGCCAGAAAUGCGACCAGCCUCUAUUGACCGUCCUAGUUCGCCAUUCAAGAUUCCAGCGCUAAGAAGCUUGCACCAGCCCCCUGGUUCGCAUACGGGAAGCCCGGCAGGCACACCACCCGCUACGACGCCUGGUGUGCAAAGCUAUCAAGAUAAAAUGAAGGAGAUUGAGGCCAUGAAGCGCAGUAUUGCUGAACGCGAAGCGCUGCGCAAGGUCAAACAGUCGAGACCUGCGUCUCCUGCUGGUGCUACGAUUGGUAGUCCUCAGCGAGCCUCAAGCCUGCCGCACAGCGAGAAUGGAUCAUCGCCCACGACACCGCCAGUGCAACUACAGCAGCGUUCCCAACCAUUGCCGAAAGCUUCCAGUUUCAACGAAAAUAAUCGUUUGCGACAGAGUCGCAGUCAAUCAAGGAUGGCAAGUGAUCGCAUCCUUGAGAAAGAAAUGAGACUUAAAGCCCUGGAAUCGCAGAUGAAACGCCUACAAAAGGAGCUUGAACAGGAGAGGGAAGAGGAAGAGCGUUUGCGCAGCGAGCAACCCGAUGCAUUAGAUGCAGAGGGCCAGCCCGACGCUGACCAUCGGCCUCAGUCACCGCCUAUGUUGCCGGACGGUUCCGACCUUCUUCCAGAACAAGAGGGCCAGCCCAUGGUGGCAUCAUCAUCAGUCGAAUCUUCUUCUGACGAAGAUGAGGAGUCCUCGGACGAAAGUGAUGAGGAAGAAGUACAAGGAGUUUCGGUCAAAUCACCUGUGACAAACCCUAUAUCAUCGGGGGCGCCAUUGUCGGUGCCAACAUCUCCGAGCGAAGUAAUCAUUUCCGAGAAAUCCGCCGAUGCUAAAGCGCAGCAACCACCUGCGCAACAAAGGAGCUACAUGCCUUACGAGUCGCCAUUGAAACAGUUCCGUGCGUAUCGUCUACAUCCCAGCUUCGCCAAGUCAGUAGCCGGCGGGCUUCGAUCUCUAACCUAUAGCAACAACAUCGAUGUCAACAAGGAGCUCUGUCCAGAUGACUUGGCAGGGCAAGCAUGCCCGCGUGGCGAUGCGUGCCAGUUUCAGCACCUGGACUCGAUGCAGACUCCCGACGACCAGAUCCUGGUGCAGCUCGGUGAUGCAAGACACUUUGAGGGACAAGAGCGGCGAGACUACAUCAAAGGGCUAUGCGCAGUCCUCGGCGACCUGAAGACUCGUCAGAUCAAGGACUUUGACGCCACGGCGCAAAGCAUCAUCGACUUCCGGGCCAAAUUUCGUAAAGAUCCGUACAGGAUCCUUCCGUUAGGGGACGUUAGUAUUUGA